AUGGCCGAUGUUAUUCUUGAGGCUCAGCUCAAAGACUGGUAUCUAGUCAACACUGACCACAAUUUGAGCCCCCCCAAGGACAUUGUACCUCAUAUUGGUACAGGUGUUGAGCAGUUUCUCAAGCAGCAAGGAGCGGAUGUUGCUGAGGUUCUGACGCUGCCAGUCAUCUAUUCAGAAGAAGUGAACGACUCGUAUCCUCUAACAGACUACUUCGUCUCAAGCUCACAUAACACCUAUUUACUAUCCAGGCAACUUCUCGGAAAGUCAUCAGCAACCUCGUAUCAACAUGUCCUUUCUCGGAAUGCGCGUUGUGUUGAAAUCGAUGUCUGGCCCUCCAAGCAGGGCCUCAUAGUCACACAUGGAUACACUUUCUCAAAGUCGGUGCCCUUUGAGAGCGUUUGUGUGGCCAUUGGCGAUGCGGUCGGCGCCAAUGAUUGGCCUGUAAUGGUGUCUCUGGAAUGUCACGUCAAUGUCAGCGGCCAGGAAGAAUUGGUCCACAUCAUCAAGGGCGCCUGGGGCGACAAGCUGGUUCAUUCAAAGUUGGAGGAUAUCGACGACAUCAAGGCCUCUCCAGGCAACUUCCGUGGUCGAAUUUUACUGAUGGUGGAAUACUAUCCUGCUCCGGUGGAAGGGAAGAUUAUGGAAGACGAAGAUGACACCCCUGUCCAAUCUGAAAGCGACUCGGAGGAAGAGGACGGGGACAUGAUGAUUGCUGUCAGCAAAACGGAGAAAGCCAAGAUCUCUGAUGAGUUAGCGUCACUUGGUUUCUACGCUCGCAGUAUGAAACCCGCAAAGGGAUGGUUUACCCAGAAAUUCACUGACCCACUACACCUCCUUAUCAACAUAUCCGAGUCGGCUUGCGCAGCUCUGCUUCCUCAUUCGCUCCCUGAUUUGAUUCAGCACGGCACUCAACACAUGCGCCGCAUUUAUCCCAAGGGUACUCGUAUACGCAGUACGAAUCUCAUUCCCACCCAAUUUUGGAGGUCUGGCGCCCAUAUAGCGGGGCUUAAUUGGCAAAACUAUGAUCAGGGAAUGCAGUUCAACGAGGCAAUGUUCGUCGGCACCAAAGGGUGGGUGUUGAAACCGAAGAAACUGCGCCUGCAGGAAGGGGAGGCCUUCGAGGACAACGGCAGAGAGCGGCUAUCACUCGAGAUCGCUGGUAUAAGCAGCCUUCCUCCUCCGAACGGUCGCGGAGGCAAGUCAUUCUCCACUUACAUCAAGGUCAAACUUCUGCAUGCGGAACAAGAUCUCAAAUGGCAAACCAAGACACAGAAGGCGCAAGAUUUCCCUGGACAUGGUGCAGAUGUUAUGUGGGACGAAAGGGUUGAGUGGGAAUAUUCUCAGGACGAGUUGACUUUUAUCCAGCUGACUGUCAUGGAGAAUGAAUUUGGAAAGGACGAUAAGAUUGUCACAUUUUGUGCUCGGGUCGAGUAUCUGCAAUCGGGCUGGCGUUUUAUUCGGAUGCUUGAUAUGAAGGGAAAAAACUCUGGAGCAACACUGCUAACCCGGUUCACGCGAUCCAGAGUAUAA